CUCCUCGUUGCAUCUCACAUGAUGUCAUUCGCCUGUGCUGCUCUCCUCCCCAUGCCGCUGCGGCCUGUUGGGACCGCGUCUCGCCCUCGCGAACGUGAAAUACACCCUCUCAUGGGCGCGCCGGAGUUUCUCGCUUCCGGGCGCGACGCGCUCCCGCUUGUUCACAUGCCCAUGGCAGAGCUGCUGCUGCCGGGCGAGUCGAGACGGCUCGUGAUUAACCACGCAGAGGGCCUCGCGGCGCUCGACGCGGCCAAGGACGGCGUGAUCGGCUCUCUGCUCGUCACGCCGCACAAGAACGCGCUCUCCACCACCAGCCUGCUCGAGGUGCGCGAGGUGCGCAAGGAGGCCGUCGGUGUGUGCGUCGAUGUCGUCGCGGUCGGCCGCCUCCACAUCCCCAAGAUUGAGCAGGGGCGGUGGCACGAGGCGAGAGGCGUCACCGCCGUGCGCGACGAGACGCGGGGCUCUGAAGCGCAGGACGAGGACGCCGAGGCGGGCGAGGGUGGCGAGGGCAACGUGAGCGGGCCGACGCUGCUGCGGGUGCGGCGGCAGCUCGAGGCGAGGGCGCUCGAGGAGCGCACAAGGCGGCUGCGCGACGAGCUGUGUGUCCUCAGCCUCGACGCUCCCCCCGCGCCGUCGCUCGCGCGUCUCUACGGCGCGUGGGGCGUGCCCGACGAGACUGCCGCCCUCGCGCAGCUCCGCUCCUUUGCCGCCUGCGACGGGCUGAGCGCUGUCCAGCGCGCGACGGCGCUGGGGAUGGCUGAUACGCGGGAGAGGCUAGAGUUUGCGCGCGGCUGUGCGCUCCGGCGGCGACGACGAGCGGAGGCCCUGCUGGCGAUGCAAGGGGCUCUGGCGGCGAGGGGGCAAUGACACUCCGCGGAGCCGCGCACACGUUGUGUGCCACCUAUGCGUGCACACGGCUGAUUCGUGUGCCGUGACCGGCCGCUGCCGUCCACGCCGUAGACAGGCGCCCGCCCAGGCGCUGUGUAUAUUUUGGUUGAAAGGAUUGAAAACUU